UUGUGUGUAAAAAAAUGAAGAAUUUUUUAUUCAUAAUUUUCAUUUUCUGUAUUUUUAAUUAUUGGAAUAUUGAAGCUAAAAAAUAUGAUAACAUUGAUAAGCCUUUUGCUAUAUCAAUGGGACCAAAAUCAUUUUUAAUUCGCAAGACAAGUUCAGUUGGUGAGUUGAGAUGUUCUUGUCCAAAUGUCAAUCUUUGUAAUUGUUGUCAAAUGGUAACACUAAUGUAUUCUUUGACUCAAAAAAAUCUUUGUGCUAAUUUUAUGUAUACACAAAAUGGUCUAAAUGUUGAGAUGUCUUUGAAUUCAUUUAUUGUUAAAGCUGCAACAAUAUCAACAUUUAGACCAAAUAAAAUAUGUAGCAAAGUACCUGGUGCAUUAUUUUCAAGUGUCUGUAUAAAUAUACUUGAAUUAAAUUCAUUUCCAAGAUCAUUAACAGUAUGUCCAAGACUUGAUAUAACAAGUAAAAGUCAAGAAUGGAAAUUAACUUAUACAUGUAUAAGUAUAUCAACAGAAUUAUCAUCAACAACUAAAAUUCCAACUGGAAUAAUGGCAGGAGGAAUUAUGAUAACACCAAAUCAGGGUAAUUUAUUGAUACUACCAAUUGGUGGUCAACAAAUUGGAACAACCAUGACAACAAUGAAGCCAGUAACAAUGUCUGGUGGUCAAAUGGGACUAACAACAACACAAAAACCUAUGUCAAUGAUGAUGCCAACAGAAAGUCCAAAACCAGGAACAAUGCCUGGUGCUCAAAUGGGAAUGACAACGACACAAAAACCUAUGGCUAUGCUAACAGGAGGCAUGUCACCACCAGGUCAAGGAGCUAUGGGAAUGACAACGACCCAAAAACCUAUGACAAUGGCCAUGCCAACAGGAGGAAUGUCACCACCAGGUCAAGGAUCUAUGCCUCCAAAAGUUCCAACAAUGGGAAUGACAACUCUAGCUGUACCAGCAACAAGUAGUCCAGGAAUGCCUGCUAUACCUGGAGCAAUGACAACACCAAAACCUUUGGCAAAUCAACAAUCACGUGAAUCUUUAACUUAUGAAAAUUUUGAAACAAUUAUUUUACAUUCACCUGAUUCAAAUGAUAGAUCAAAAUUUUUUCCAAGUCGUUUACCACCAGCUUUGCAAAAUAACAAUAAUUUAACUGUCAUUAUUUAAAUUAUAUUUUUUA